AUGUGCAUUGAAAACACAGCCGAAUGGGUUUCUUCGCUUCCGGUCGCGCUUCUAGGCCCUGCAUGCCGAACUCAAUUGUUCCGGAAUUGUUCCGGUUGUGCCGGAGAGUUGUUUGCAUUCGUCAAUUGUUCCCCCGCCGAAUUAGUCUAUGGCACCACGCUUCGCUUGCCGUCGGAGUUCCACGCUUCCCAGACCACGCUUUCCCCAGGCGACUCGGCAGCCUACCUCGUUAAGCUGCAGCAAGCCUUCCGCUGCCUUCGACCUUCCCCGCCUCGCGAGCGGCACAACCAGUCUCCCUACGUCAGCCCCGAUCUCAAGAACUCCUCCCACGUGUUUCUGCGGACCGACGCCGUACGCAGGUCUCUGCAACCGCCAUACACUGGGUCUCAUCCCGUUCUCUCGAGAACCCCCAAGACCUCGAUCAUCAGGGUCAACGGCAGAGAGGAGACUGUCUCUAACGACAGACUAAAGCCGGCCCAUGUUCUGAAUCCGGAGUCUCUGCUGAAGCCUUGGCAAGUUUCUCUCCACCUUCGCAUCCCCCGUCCAGCCCUUCACCCAAGACAGUCACUUGGAGACUAUAGCUCUCCUCCAGCGGGGGGGCUAUGUAGCAUCAUCGUCAUCGCCGCGCACCGAGCUUAG